AUGCCAUCUGUCAUCACGGGUAAAGGAGACCCCAACAAGCCGAGGAGCAAAAUGUCUUCUUAUGCCUUCUUUAUACAGACCUGCCGGGAAGAGCACAAGAAGAAACACCCAGACUCUUCUGUCAGUUUUGCCAAAUUCUCCAAGAAAUGUUCAGAGAGAUGGAAGACCAUGUCCACAAAGGAAAAGUCGAAGUUUGAAGAUAUGGCAAAAAGUGACAAAGCUAGCUAUGACAGGGAGAUGAAAAAUUACGUUCCUCCCAAAGGUGAUAAGAAAGGAAAGAAAAAAGAUCCCUGUGCUCCUAAGGGGCCACCAUCUGCCUUCUUCCUGUUCUGCUCUGAACAUUGCCCAAAGAUCAAAAGUGAACUGCGAGGUCUAUCCAUAGGGGUUACUGCAAAAAAAUUAGGUGAAAUGUGGUCUGAACAGUCAGCAAAAGAUAAACAACCAUAUGAACAGAAAGCAGCUAAACUAAAGGAGAAAUAUGAAAAGGAUAUUGCUGCACACCAUGCCAAGUGCAAAAGUGAAGCAGGAAAGGGUCCUGGAAGGCCAACAGGCUCAAAGAAGAAGAGUGAACCAAAAGAUGAGGAGGAGGAGGUGGAGGAGGAAAAAGAUGAAGAGGAUGAAGGUGAAGAAUAA